AAAGGAUUUUAAUUUUUUACCCCGAUUCCACAUCUUUACCCAUUUUCUUCCCACUCCCUUCUCUCACAUCCCUCUAUUACGCCACACCCCUCUCCUUCUCCAUCUCAACCCUUAUCCUCUGUUUCUUCUUUUUCAUCCCUUUUCAUUUCACUUCUUUACUCCCUUUCCAAAUUCCAGAAAUAAACUUUUAGGUGGUCACCUGUCUUCAAGUCCAAGCUCAUCAACGGUGUUUUUGCAGCUGGAAUCCGUGAAGAAGGCUUGGAUGAGAGGUCGAUUUGAGCCGGUCGAACAAGAAGCCCUUGUCAACUAGUCCAUAAAUUGAGUUAAUGGAAUUGAAUAACCAGUAAGGGCAUGGAAGAAGAACACGUUGGAAUGAGUUUGAGCUUGGGUGGAGGGAAAAAAUGGGGGAGGAAAAGGGGGGAGAAUAUGGCGUAGAAGAGCUGGAUGGGGGAGAGGAGAGAUGGGGCGUACAACAAAGCUGGGGGAGAGAGGAGAAAUGGGGGAAGGGGUAAAUGAGAAUGAAAGGGGGUAAUUAUUUUUGGGAGUAUAUAUAGUGGGUAUAUGGUGGGUUUUAAAAUGGGUACAAAGAGCAUUUCUCUUAUGAAAAAUCCAUGUAGUUAAAAAUUAAAUGCAGAGUUUGAAUAACUUCAAGAAAAAAUGCAGAGUAUGAAUGAAUCCAAAGAUGAUACGGAGUAUGUGCUGUGCGACAGGAGAUGGAGUUUUCUGUGUGGUGUUUUUCUAUGCUGCCUUGAAGCUCCAAAAAUAAGCUGGUUUUAUUUAUUUAUUUUUAUUUUUCAGACCUGGCCCCUCAAUUAAAUCCAAUGUCCUCCUUUUGUUAGAUCCAGCAUUUGAUUUCUAAGUCUGGACACGAAUUUGGUCCCCUACUCACGACUUAGGGAGUGUUUGCAAUAGCUUAAAAAAAAGCAUUUCUCAGUUUUUGGCUUAAAAAAGCACUUAUUUACCAAACACUUCCAAUUUUUACUUUUUCUCGGCUUGCGCGUGAAAAGUGUUUUUCCCUUUUCUAUUACACAAAAAACCACUUAUUUUACCAAACACUACCAACUUUUACUUUUCAAAAUCACUUUUUUCUCAAACACUAUCAACUUUUACUACUAAUCACUUUUUCAUUACAUCUCCAAAAGUGCUUUUUUUAAGCAGAAGCAGUUGCAAACACUCCCUUAUACUAAUCACAAAUUCACAACCUUUUCUGUCAAUUCAAUUUUUUCUUAGGAAAAACUAUCAAAUAAGCCCUCGUACUAUACCGAAAAAGUCAAUUAGACCCUCGUACUUUACAAACACUCAAUUAAGUCCUCGAACUAUUAAAAAACGUUCAAUUAAGCCCUUUUGGUCGGUAAGUAACCGGUUUCCCGGUUAAAUGUAACCCGUUUCCCGGCAGCCGCCGUUGCUGGGGUUCGAGCUCAUCGUCGCCGUCGUCGCCGUUUAACCGGGAAACCGAUUACUUACCGACCAAAAGGGCUUAAUUGAACGUUUUUUAAUAGUUCGAGGACUUAAUUGAGUGUUUGUAAAGUACGAGGGCCUAAUCGACUUUUUCGACAUAGUACGGGGGCUUAUUUGAUAGUUUUCCCUUUUUCUUAUAAUUCAGCACUAUCACUAUAUUCAUUCAUUUUUUUAUUGCAAUCUUGUUUUUAUUACUAUAGAUAAUUUUUUUUGCCGAAUUCUUUUUUUUACAAAUAAUUAUGAUUUAAAAAGACAAACACUUUGAUGCAAAAAUAAAUAUAUUUGGAGUUUAAAAAAUUUAUUCUUAUUUCUGACUUAUUUUUCAAAAAUAAAUAACUGAAAGGUGUUAGAAAAAUCAAACCAUUAUAUAUUAAUUUUUAUAUUUUGAUUUGCCUAAUAAAAAAUUUGGAUCUUAAAAUCAUCCGCAGUUGAAAUUUCAUUUUUUUUUCAACUUUAUAGAUAGUAUAUGUUAUACUGGUGUCAAAUGAAAGAUAAUGAAAAGUUAUAAAUUUUUAUAUAUUUUGUAUAAAAAUUAGACUAAAAAAUGUUAUAAUAGAUUUAAGAAAUUUGGGAAUUUUCUUUUUCUUGGACCGGUUGUCAUUCUCUUCAUCGUUUCAUCCUCCAGCGUUUCUGCCCAAAGCAUUUCCUCUCUCCGGAAGUGAAUAAGAGGUGCAGCUACAUAUUCCAUCCCAGGGGUGCCAUGAAGCCAUUAUAAGAAUCUUGUGCACAUUAUAUUCUUUGGGUUGCACCAAUCAUUGAGGGAAAAUCAAUACUGAAAGCUAGGAACAAAUGGCAGGGUGUUGUCAUGAAAAAAAUAUUAUAGACACAAUACUGACCAGCACAAUAAGGUACAUGAGAACUUGUGUGACAAAGUGAUCAGGUAAAUGUAAUUGUGCUACGUUACUCUGGAUCACUAUAAGAAAUGCUAGAAAGAUUAUGAUGCACAGAAUCAUGGUGCCAUAUACUGGGGUGAUUCAAUGAUUGAGAGUCUUUCUCUUCAGCACAAAGACUUUUAAGAUAUAUUUUAGUUAAUUUCUAGCCACUGUAAAUUUAUUUUAUUACUGUUGAUUAUUCCUUUAAGAUGUAAUGUUGAUGACUUGAUGGUGAUAAAUUUCAACUUUCCUUAAAGGAAAAAAUUGUAAUGCCUAUGCAACUAUGCUAAUAUUUAUAUACUUU